AUGCCAAAUUAUUUCCCGAUGGAGACAAACAUGAAGAUUUUCACUUUUCUCGAGCAGCUAGUUAUGAUAUUCAUUUUCCUCCUUCGAUGGAAGAGUAAUCCUAACCCAGCUACUAAGAAAGAUAAUAAUGCCAUUUUCUUUGGAGCACCCGGCACCGGCAAAUCAGCUACUGUGAAAAAGAUUUGUAUUGAGGCUGAUGAGUGUCCUUUAGUGAUAGUCAAAGGUUCUUCCUUAACUCCUACCAAGCAAGAUUAUGAUGCUGUCUAUGGAAUGGAAAGGGAAACUAACGGUGAAGUUCGUUAUAUUCUUUUUGUGGAUGAAUGUGACCAAAUUAGCAAUAAUUCACUAAUUCACGACCCCAAUAAACUAAGAUUUUUGAAAGAACUUUUAGAGGGCAAUGUCGAAAAUGCAACCUAUCGGGAAGGAAGAUUAAGUAAUCCCUUAGAUUUUAGUUGA